GUAUUAGUGAAGAGGCACACAAUUAGCAUAUUGUUCCUUUCUGUAUUGUGCUGAGAGGAUCCAAGGGAUCGGUGGGGGAACAGGCGAGCCAGGCAUCACCGUGGAUAUUGAAGAAGGGGGUUACUCAAACCUCGGCAUCUUCACUUGCUUGCUCUGGAAUUACAGCUAUUUAUUACGAAGCACUCUGUGUGGCUUAGUGGAGUGUGUCUGAGGAAACACAUCCGGACACCACUUAGGGUUGGUCUUUCUGAGCUCUUCACAUCUCUGACUAAUUAUCUUCAUUAUCAUGGAGCCCAACAGUCCCAAAAAGAUACAAUUUGCUGUGCCUUUAUUCCAGAGUCAGAUUGCACCUGAAGCAGCAGAGCAGAUCAGGAAAAGAAGACCUACACCAGCAUCACUUGUGAUUCUCGAUGAGCAUAACCCCCCAGAAAUAGAUGACAAGAGGGUGCCCAACACACAAGGGGAAUCUCAGAAUGCAUCCCCUAAGCAAAGGAAGCAGAGUGUGUACACACCACCCAUCAUAAAAGGGGUUAAGCAUCUGAAAGGCCAGAAUGAAUCAGCAUUCCCUGAAGAAGAAGAAGGCACCAGUGAAAGAGAGGAGCAGCAGGACCAUUAAUUACUGGUCUGCAGCAAGAAGGCUUCUUGGAAAUAACUGAACUAUUAACUUUUCUGAAUAUUCCAUGGAAUUCCACUGCUUGAUUUCCGGAAGCAUCCUCCAUCUCUGCACCCCCACUCAUACAGUAGCUAUGCACCUCCUGGAAGUCUCCUUAACUGAACUUUAGAACUAAGUACACAUUGUUCCACAUCACUUACAAUUAAAGAAUAAGCAUUUAUUUUACAGUGAUUCUGCUUUUUAACUAUGUAAAAAUUUGCAGACAUGUGACUGUUCUAACUUUAAUACUGCCAGAGCUUAAUCCCUGAUGUCCUACUGAUAAGGUUUGCAUUCUAACAACACAUGUAAAUAACAUCACUUUAAGAGUAAAAAAUAAAUAGUAAAUACAGUUAGACAUGAGUGUAUGUGUAUGUGUGUAUGUGUGUGUGGGUUUAACUUAAAGAGAAAUAUCUAAUAAAACUUUUAUCUU